GUUGCUCUCUCUCUCUCCACAGUGGAUACAUUUCUCCAUAGUCUACCACCAUCAACCUUUGUCACAGCAUAAGUUAAGUAAACUGUGUAGCCUGUCUACCUCGAACCAUGGCGCUUCAGUCGAGAGCUGUGCUCACCUCCAAAUGGCUCUCGGAGUCUAUAAAGGUUCAGGGGAAAAUGCGCGUCUUGGACACUUCUUGGUAUUUGCCAAAAUUGCGGCGCAACGCCAAAAGCGAGUUUAAGAAGAGGCACAUUCCUGGCGCAGCUUUCUUUGACAUUGACCAGUGUUGUGAUAAAACCUCUCCCCUGGACCACAUGCUGCCCUCCGAGAAGAUUUUUGCAGACUACGUUGGGAACUUGGGGAUAGAGAGCGACACGCACGUCGUGGUGUAUGACGCCAGCGACUUCGGCGCGUUCUCUGCGCCCCGCGUGUGGUGGAUGUUCCGGGUAUUCGGGCACAGCUCGGUGUCGUUGCUCAACGGGGGGCUCAAGAACUGGGAACUAGAGGGUCGAGCUGUGAGUGACCAGUACACGAGACCAGCACCGACCGAGUUCAAAGCAUCCUUAAACCGCUCCUGGAUAAAGACCUAUGAGGAUAUGCUGGACAACCUGCACACGAGAAAGUUCCAGGUGGUGGACGCAAGGCCUGCAGGCAGGUUCAAAGGACUGGACCCUGAGCCCAGAGACAACACAGAGCCAGGCCACAUCCCCGGCUCCAUCAGCAUCCCCUUCAACUCCUUCUUGUCCCCAUCCAGUCACUUCCUGCCUAAAGAUCAACUCGAAGCUCUGUUUGCCCGAGCUGGCGUGGACCUCAGCCGUCCUCUGUGUGUCCUGUGUGGCUCGGCCGUGACUGCGUGCCAUGUGGCGCUGGCGGCCCAUGAAUGCGGGCACCCUGGGGUGUCGGUGUACGAUGGAGGGUGGUCCGAGUGGUACACCCGCGCUGUGCCGGAGAACGUCAUAUCUGAAGGAAGAGGGAAACAUUUGUGAUGGGUGCAGGAUUGGAAGGAGGUGUGGUGGAUGGGAUUAAACCAUUGACGGUGUAUAACGAUGGAUGGUGCAUCUAAAGAAAAGUGAUGCCAAAACCUAGCUGCAAUGGCCUCUGACAUCUUGUGCACUCUGAACCAAACUCUUUGCAGUAGGGGUCAGCUGGUGGAGCUGCUGGUAUUGACAUCCUGCCUCUUCUGCUGACCAAAACACAUGUUUAACCUCAACAAAGAUCCCUCAGGUUGGCACAUUCCUCAGCACAACAGCUUCUUGUGUCCAUCUGAAGAAGACAUUUCUCCUCUGCCCUGCUAGUCCACUGAAGGAACCACAUUCGUCAACAGAGCUGUCAAUCAUGGUGUUGUCUCCCAUUUGUUGCAUUAUAUAGGGCUCAUUAGGGCUAACCAUGUUUUGGAAAAAAAAUCAUUGAUGUGUAUUUUGAUUUUUAAAGUUUAACCCACCUGUCCUGCUCUUUAUUUUCUGGCUUCACUUUUUGGGCGCUGCCACACAGUCCAUCUUUUGGUUCAAACUGGAUCAGACUGGUACUGAGCGACUCAUAAUUUGAUCUGUGCUAAGUUUUAGAGGAAUGGUAAACAUAUUGGAAACUGCUUAUUUGCUUUCUUGGCAAAAGUGAUAUGAGAGGCUCAAUACCACUCUUACCCCCAAUUUACACAGGAUGCGCCAGGUUGCGUUACGGCUACGCAGUGAUUGCUCCGUCCAAUGGCUUGCGCCCUGCUACACAGGACGUGUGUUUGGAGCGUAGCGCCACCUCAGAGCAGCUGGGUCCAGCAUAGAGAGAACUACAUACAAACAACAGAUCACAGAGCCUUUCUGUGGUUGAAUUUCUGCUCAUUUGGAGAGUAUUCCAUUACUUUAGUGCUUUAAUCAUCACUAAGUAAGCUGCAUAAUUAUAAAGGGUUUUUUUCGCAGGUUUUGGAUGAGUUUAAUAUGAAUAAUUCUGCUCCACUUUGUUGCCCUGUUACCUUCUGACACAGUUAUCAUCUUAAAGUCCUGUUGUAGUCGACCUGGAUCACUGAUAUGUAGCUGUUUGUAGCUUGCAUCAGUCUGUAUAUGGUGCUUUAUUUUGAAAUUGGCGGAUGUUGCAUGCAAUCCUCGUGCCUGACUUCCUGUCCAGGUCGUGCUUUUCUGUGUAGAUUGACGAAUGCUGGGAUACUGAAUGAAUUGAAGUGAGUUGACUCAUUUGGAUCAGUAUUUUCCUUACAAGGUAGAGCUGUAGUCCAACCAAGCCGUACCUUGCUGCCUCUUUAAUUAUCUCAUAGAAGUAAGGGUGGUGUUGAUUUAGUGAGCUCUCCGAUGAUCACAUUUUCCAAAGAUGUUAAAGUUUUCCUUUAACACUAAAAAGCCAAUCCAGAGGUACAGUCAUGAUUAAAGAGCAUUUAUUUUUGACCCGAACUCAUCACUAGAUAACUUGAUUGAGGUGCCAGUAUUUUGUGAACACUAAACUUGACUUUUAAUCAAGUCGAGCUGAAACCAGAACAUGUUUGUUUACAUGUGUACUACCUUUGUUGAAAUAAAAUGGAGCUGUGAAUCA